AGCCUCAACUGGCUACUGUAAAAACCAGUACAGGUCUCACUCUCGCUCAACGUGUGCUGAGUAAGCUCCAUUAGACACAAUAUCUCGCCCUCUGUGAGACUCAGACGAUUAAAGCAAGAUUAGUUGACCACAGCACAGUGACUAGGAAUAAGGUGGUGUACCGCAUAUUUUCUGGGUGUGUACGAGUACUCACAGAAACCUGCAUGUGCAAUUUGUAAAAAAAAAAAAUUAACUUUUUUUUUUGGUUGAGUUCAGUUUACCUGCAAUCCGUAUUGUAUUUUCAAUAGUAUUAAAGAAAAAAAAAUUGAUUAAAUUUGAUCAAAAUGGAUAUGGGUCAUAUGCAUGAUAAUGCUACCGCAGUGAAGGCAUCUUGCCCAAUGAUUAUGGUGUUCCACGGAGGCCAUUGUGAACGGAUAUUGUGGAGGAGUUGGGUGGCCAGCACAGUUGUAGAGUUUGGCUUCUCUUGUCUCGUCUGGUUUUUCAUUGCUUUUCUUUAUGAAGCAUUGAAAUUUCUGCGUCAGCAAUUACAUAAGCGCUCAGCACAAAAAUCAGCUGAACGUAUGUCAAUGGAAGUGGAAGCAAGACGUGCCGCUCACCCACCUGGAUGUCCGCAAGCGCCAUCCCCUUUGCCGGAGAUUAAAGGCAAAACUUAUGGUGAACACCUCUUUUCAUCGGAUCACAUUAUACAAUCGCUACUCAAUGUUGUGCAAAUAAUCAUAUCCUACUUGUUGAUGUUGGUUUUUAUGAACUUUAACUAUUGGUUGUGCUUGUCCAUGAUAUUGGGUUUAGGUUUCGGUUACUUUUGUUUCGGUUGGAUACGGCAUGAAGGUGUCAAUGGCACGGAAUGUUGCAAUUGAGGUUUUAAAGUAACUAAAUAUCGAGCAAUUAAAUUCAGUGGAAAUAAAUGUUGUUUUAUAUAAAUGUUGUUGGUUCUUAAGUAUGUAUACUGUUAUAUAAAUUGUUUGCAUGAAAUACUAA